AUGUUGUUGUCACGGGGGCUGCUAGCCUCUACACUCCUUCUCGCCGUCAAGGCACAAGAUGGUAUCGACCAGGCCGCAGUCAACAUUGCUACGGGAUUUGCGGAGACUCUCAUUCAACAUGCUUAUACUACUCUUAACGGAGAUUCAGGAGGUUCUGGUGAUGCUGGAAGCGGUGGAAAUCAGGGCCAAGCUUUCGAUGCGAGUUUACUCAACAAGCAACAGAAUGCAGCCGACAACGAUGCCACCGUCACACAGGUCAUACAGGGCCAAGUUACUGUCGAGACAUACACUCGCCCCGGAGGAGUACUAUUCCCCGUGACACUCCUUCCACACCCGAGAAUUACGCUUGCUCCGACCCGUAAUGACCCUUAUAAAAGGAUCAUUCAGGCUUAUACUGGAGGUAACGAUGCCACUACGAACCAGGAAAUCACAAUUGCCGAGCCCUCUGGAACAAGCCCGGGUACUAUUCUUGUCGAUGUUCCUGGUACUGCUUAUUCUUCUUUCUCAUCGGGCCAGGCCGGCGCGUUGACAAUCCCCCCUUCAAACGACAACCCGACAGCCACGAUUAUCUCGGCGUUGCCUAGUGGUGUUGCCAUUACUGGCGAGGCUACAAGGACAAUUCCAGCGGCCGGAAAUGCCCCUGCGACUGUUGUUAUCCAGACUCCUUGGGCAGACGUGCCACCAAGCACACCUGGUGUUGGAGGUGCUGGCGCUGGUGGUGGCAACGCUGCAGGCAGUACAUCCAAUGUUUUGGUGAUUCAAACAUACACCGGAACUGAGUACAUCACCCAGGCUCGAGUUUCCACCAUUGUUGGUUCUGGAGGCGGUCAGGGCACAGUAGUUGUCCAGGUCCCUCAAGGUGACCAGAACCCCGGUGGUGCUGUCACGAUCCCUCCAAGUGACGGCGGCCAUUUUACCACGAUUCUCAGGCAAUACACAGGAGCUUCUGCUAUAUCAACUCCUGUAACAAUCCUUGUCCCAGCAUCGGCAGGACAGGACGGAACAAUCAUCAUUGAGACCUCUGGACCUUCGAGCACAUCCGGUAGUGGUGGAGAUAGUGAUCUCCCUGAAAACCAACCGCAGGUUAUUCCACCCAGUGGCGAUAACCCUUAUUCUACGAUCUUGCGACCUCACGCCGGUUCCGAUCAGAUUACUGAACCUGUCACUUACACUGUACCACCAUCUGGUACCAAUCCAGGAACGAUUAUUAUCGAGACACCGGCUGUGCGCGCUGGCCAGCAGGUUAUCACGCUUCCAUCUGACCCCAACAGUGGUUACAUAACGAUUGUCAGACAGCCCAACAGUGUGAUCACUGCACCCAACACUAUCACAAUCGCCCCCUCCGGUGGUCAACCAGGAACGAUCAUCAUCGAGACUCCUGCCCCUCAACCCGGCGAUGUCGAGAUCACAAUUCCUCCUGGUCAGGAUGGUUCCUUCGUUACCAUUAUCCAAGGUCCUACAGGAUCCAAUGCUGUCACGGCACCUAACACGAUCACAAUCACUGGGGCACCGGGCCAGCCAGGAACAAUUAUCAUCCAGACCCCAGUGCCUUCUGGAGGUGGACAGAUCACUCGAGGGCCUGGUGAUCCUUUCACCAUUCCUGCUGGAUCGGGUCAAUAUGUCACCAUUUUCCGACCUCAUAGCGGUGAUCCAAUUUCGGUUCCGAUUACGCUCACCCAGCCAGGUACAAAUGGUCAGCCAGGCACUAUCAUCAUUGAGACGCCUGAUCCGACUACAUCUGCACCAGGAAGUGGGCCUAUUACCAUUCCUGCUGGAGGUAACAGCCCCUAUGUGACUAUCUAUAGGCCACAUAGUGGAAGCCCUAUCAGCACACCAGUCACCAUCACCAUCCAACCCAGUGGUACCCAGCCGGGAACUAUUAUCGUCGAGACACCAAUACCAACGCUUGAGACCCCCAAAGGCCAGAAUGCGGUGACUUCUUCUGCUGCGGGUGGCCAGCCGAUCACCAUCCCUCCCAGCAAGAACAACCCGUAUGUCACCAUCUACCGCCCUCAUACAGGUGACCCCAUUACUGCCCCCAUCACCAUCACGCAGUCGCCCUCAAAUGGACAGCCUGGAACCAUCAUCAUUGAGACUCCAGCUCCGCCAGCUGACACCGUCACUGAGACUGAACCUGGUGCGACCGUGACGGUUCAACCUGAUAAUCCUGGUGGAUAUACGACCAUAUAUCGACCGCAUACAGGCGACCCAAUCUCUGAGCCUAUCACCGUCACAACGAUUAGUGGUUCAAACGGCCAGCCGGGAACCGUUAUCAUUGAGACCCAAGGCCCCUUUACGGUCACUGCUACUGGUCCCGGCGGUACUGCCACUAUCUACACUCCUGGAUCAGAUGUCAGCACCACAGUUACGAAGACCGUCACCUUGACAGCUUCAGGAGGUCAACAAUCUACCGCGGUUGUUAUUGAGACUCCACCUCCAAUUAAGGUUCAACCAACAACUGCAAUGGUUACGGUGACUGGCCCUGAUGGAUAUGUCACGGUUACUGAACAGUACACCGGGACGAGCGUUAUUACGGCCAUCUUUACUACCACAAUCACUGGAUCUGGCACAAAUCCAGGAACGGUUUACAUAGAGACACCGCCACCAAUCAAGUUCGCCCCUACUUCAACGGUCUCUGGCAACGACAACUAUGUCACUGUCUAUGAACCGUUCCCCGGCCCAGGCAUCAUUACGGCACCAAUUACCGUUACGCAGGCUACUCCUUCCGGUGGGCAGCCAGGUACAGUGAUCAUCCAGACUCCCGUUGCGGAUACCCCCGCGACUACACCGCUGCCAGAUCCUACUACCACACAGGGACCUGAUGGUUAUGUCACUGUGUAUCUUCCGUUCCCUGGCCCAGGUGUCAUUACCACGUCCUAUACUAGGACUCAGGCCCCUUCAGGUGGAAAUCCUGGAACAGUAUUCAUUACAACGCCAGCCCCUCUACCUGCUACAACUUCUGAGGCAAACCUCCCGAGUACGAUCUCUGGAACAGAUGGUUAUGUGACAGUUUUUAUCCCAUAUCCGGGACCGGGCGAAAUCACUGCGCCCAUCACCAGGACUCAGCCGCCCGCAAAUGGCCAACCUGGUACUGUCUUCAUUACCACGCCUGUCCCUGCUUUCACUACACCGAAGCAGAUGAAUGGGUUAACUUCCACGUCUCAAGGAACAGAUGGCUAUGUCACAGUUUUUGUUCCUUACCCAGGACCAGGCGAAAUCACUGCACCCAUCACAAGCACCCAGCCGCCUGCCAAUGGUCAGCCUGGUACUGUUUGGAUCACUACACCUGUUCCUGCAUUCACUACACCAAAGCAGAUGAAUGGGUUAACUUCCACUUCCCAAGGAACAGAUGGCUAUGUGACAGUAUUCCUGCCCUUCCCCGGCCCAGGUGUAAUUACUGCUCCUAUAACAAGUACUCAACCCCCUGCUAACGGCCAGCCCGGAACCGUUUUCAUCACAACGCCAGCACCACUGUCCACUGAUCAGCAGAAUGUGGCAACCACUACACCUGGUGAUCAAUAUGUGACCGUUUUCCUGCCCUUCCCGGGUCCUGGUGUUAUCACUGCACCUAUUACCCGCACUCAGGCACCGUCUGGUGGCAACCCAGGAACUGUGUUUAUCACGACACCGGCUCCUGAGACUACGGCCCAGCCCCAGACUUCUGCCCUUACUACGGAUAACUAUAUCACCAUUUACACCCCCUUCCCAGGACCAGGUGUAAUUACCGCACCUAUCACUAUUACCAAGCCGCCGUCCAAUGGUCAGCCCGGAACAGUUCUUAUUGAGACUCCUGUUCCAUUGAGCUCUAGUGCCGAUACCUAUGUGACGGUCUACAGACCCUACCCAGGCCCUGGAACGAUCACUGCACCAAUAACCCUGACUCAGGCUCCUUCCAACGGCCAGCCCGGUACGGUGUUCAUCGAGACUCAGCCAACAGAAACGCCGACUCCAAUAAUGCAAACUACUGAUGGUUCUACUCCUCCUAUUAUCAUCCCUCCUGAUCCAACUGGUUCUUAUGUGACAAUCUACCGACCGUAUCCUGGCCCUGGCCAGAUUACAUCUCCCAUCACAUACACUCAAGCCCCUAUGUCUGGACAACCCGGUACAAUCAUCAUUGAGACCCCCAACCCUGAUGCCAAUACUGCCACCCAGACAGGACCAGUUACUGUUCCUACCGGAAGCAACAAUCCAUAUAUCACAGUAUACAAGCCUUACCCUGGCCCCGGCAACGUUGAUCAGCCUAUCACUAUCACUGCUGCGACUCCCUCGGGUGACCAGCCAGGCACGAUCAUCAUUGAGACUCCUACACUGGAAGUCAACACCAAGUUUGCGCCGUCGCCAACUUCUUCGCCUCCAGUUACCAUCCCGGCUGACAACAACAACUAUGUCACUGUCUAUAGGCCACACAGUGGAUCACCUAUUACUGCGCCAAUUACUGCCACGACCAUUGAACCUUCAGGAGGCCAACCUGGCACUGUGAUCAUUGAGACACCUGCUCCUGAGGCCCCAACUUCUUCCUCGUCUGAUGAGCCUCAGACCACAGCGUCUGCUGUCACCACUUCGGAUGGUAACGCGGACUAUGUGACUGUAUACAGACCCUACCCCGGACCUGGAACAAUCACCGCCCCCCUUACAGUUGGAACUGUUGCACCAACUAAUGGCCAGCCUGGAACGGUCAUCAUUGAGACACCUGUGCCUCAAACCGCGCCGGAGACCACAUCAGCAGAAGUUACUUCUACCCAAGGAACUGAUGGUUAUAUCACGGUCUUCCGGCCAUACACCGGCACUGGCCUCAUCACAGCGGCUAUCACUGUCUCCACAAUUCCUCCAUCUAGUGGUCAACCAGGAACCAUCAUUGUCGAAACGCCUGUGCCUCAGGAUCCAAUGACAACGACUGGUGAUUCUACGCCUGUCACCAUUCCACCGGGACCCGGAAACUCGUACGUGACAGUCUAUAGACCUCAUACGGGUACUGACGUUAUCACAACACCUGUGACGGUUACCACUAUUGAAGGAGUUAACGGUCAGCCCGGGACCAUCAUUAUUGAGACACCAGUACCUCAGGCGGCAACUUCGACAGAUGAGACUACCGAGGCUGCACCGUUGACUGUUUCACCCGGUCCGGACAGCUCCUUCAUUACUGUGUAUAGACCACAUACAGGAACUGAUGUCAUUACGGCACCUGUGACCGUAACUACGAUCCCAGGUGUCAAUGGGCAGCCGGGAACAAUAAUUAUCGAGACUCCCGUGGCCCAGGAUACCAAUGCGCCUAGCACAGCCCCUGCAAGCCCUGACAGUACCUAUGUCACCGAAUAUCGUCCAUAUCCUGGACCAGGCAAUAUCGAUCAGCCCAUCACGGUCACAACUAUCGAGCCUUCCAACGGAAACCCGGGAACUGUUAUCAUCGAGACACCUACUCCAGAUGUCAACACCAAGGUUGCUCAGCCUCCUGUUACGCUUGAUCCUGGUCCAGGCGAUCAGUAUGUUACUGUUUACAGACCUUACACAGGUACUGGGGUAAUCACUGCACCGGUUACCGUUAGUACUAUUGCACCUUCAGGUGGCCAGCCCGGAACAGUCAUCAUUGAGACCCCUGAACCAGAGACUCCUGGCUCUAAUCCAACAGUGACAUUGCCCGCUGGACCUAAUGAGUCUUACAUUACUGUGUUCCGACCUCAUACGGGCACUGAUGUGAUUACUGGCCCUGUCACGAUUACAACUAUCGCCCCCGCCACUGGCCAGCCCGGCACUGUCAUCAUUGAAACUCCUGUUGAGUCUGAGCCUGCCUCUACCCCGGCUCCUGUUGAUUCAGUAACGAGCACUCCUGCUCAAGCUAGUUAUGUUACGGUCUACCGACAUCAUACUGGAGCAGAUCGUAUCACUGCUCCCGUUACUGUCACAACCAUUGAGCCGUCAGGAGACCAGCCGGGAACAGUCAUCAUUGAGACCCCCGAUCAAGAUUUACCUCCUGUGACAACCUCUGCUGGACCUCUUGCCACCUAUGUUACGGUUUACCGACCCUACACAGGAGCAGACAGGAUCACAGAACCCGUCACUAUCACGACUAUUGAGCCGACCAACGGCCAACCCGGUACAGUUAUCAUUGAGACUCCAGGACAGCAAGCGCCUCCUGUGACGACCAUCCCUGAUCCUGCUACUUACGUAACUAUCACUAGACUCUACACUGGAACAGACCAGAUUACAGAACCAAUCACGACCACUAUCCCUCCUCAAGGUGAUCAGCCUGGUACCGUGAUCGUUGAGACUCCAGGCCAGCAAGUGCCGCCGGUAACCUCAACGCCUGGUCCUGCUUCAUAUGUGACCAUCACCAGGCUUUACACAGGUACAGAUCAGAUCACAGAGGCUAUAACGAGCACCAUUCCACCUCAGGGUGACCAGCCUGGAACUGUCAUCAUUGAGACUCCUGGUCAGCAAGUGGCCGCUGUGACCUCCACCUCUGCACCCCCUUCUUAUGUGACAACGACAGUUCCCUAUACUGGCACUGACCAGAUUAGCGUACCUAUUGUUACUACUGUUUCUCCCCAAGGCGACCAGCCAGGAACUGUCAUCGUUGAAACACAGGCUCCGUUUGUGACAGUCUUUCGUCCUCAUACAGGGCCAGAUCAGAUCACUGGCCCAGUCACUGUAUCGACCAUUGCUCCCACAGGAGAUCAGCCUGGAACAAUCAUCAUCGAGACCCCUGGCGCGGCCCCUGCUGUCACAACUGCACCACCCGCGCCAUCGUACGUCACUAUCACUACUUUAUACACUGGAACAGAGAUACUCAGCGAGCCCACUACCAUCACUACGAUUCCCCCUCAAGGAGAUCAACCUGGUACUGUCAUUGUUGAGACCCAGGGUCCUUUUGUGACAAUUUCAACACUUUAUACUGGAACAGGUGUAAUCACAGCGCCGACUGCCCUUACAACCAUUCCUCCUCUGGGAGGACAGCCUGGAACUGUUGUUAUUGGAACACCAGGAUCAUACGUCACAACGACUGUGUUGUAUACCGGAUCUGACUCGAUUACUGGCCCCACAGCUUUUACAACUAUUCCACCUCAAGGUGAUCAACCUGGUACGGUCGUUGUUGGAACUCCUGGAUCUUAUGUCACAACCACAGUGCUUUACACCGGCACUGAUUCGAUUACAGGGCCUACAGCUCUCACAACGGUCCCCCCUCAAGGCAACCAGCCUGGCACCGUUGCCAUUGCCACGCCCCCUUCGUAUGUCACGACAACUAUUCCUUACACUGGAACCGAUCAGAUCACAGCGCCAAUCACAGCUACUACCAUUCCUCCCUCAGGGAACCAACCUGGAACUGUUAUCAUCGAGACUCAGGCCCCAUUUGUCACGAUCUAUCGCCCUCACACUGGUAUCGACAGAAUCACUGCGCCUGUUACGGUUUCAACCAUCGCCCCAUCUGGUGGCCAGCCGGGUACGAUUGUGGUCGAAACCCCUGGCGCAGAACCUCCUGUUACUACAUCGCCUCCUGCUCCAACAUACACGACACUUUAUGAGGAGUACUCCGGCACCGAUGAUAUUACUGAGCCUUUCGUCAAGACAACUAUUGAGCCACAAGGAGACCAGCCCGGCACCAUUAUCUUUGAUACUCCUGCCCAGCGAGUCGUGUCCACCAGUGCUGCACAGCCUUCCUAUGUUACUAUUUACCAGCCUCAUUCUGGCCCAGACCGAAUCACCGCCCCUGUUACAGUCACUACCAUCCCUCCACAGGGAGAUCAACCAGGCACUGUCAUCAUUGAAACACCAGGUUCGGAGCCUGCUAUCACGUCGACGCCUGCCCCUGAACCAUCUUACGUCACAGUGUAUCAGCCCCAUACUGGGCUUGACAGAAUUACCGAGCCUGUCACGAUCACAACUAUUCCUCCCCAAGGCGGUCAGCCUGGUACCGUGAUUAUUGAGACACCAGGAGCGGAGCCUCCCGUGACGUCGGGACCUGCCCCGGAGCCUUCAUAUGUGACAAUGUAUCAGCCACAUACUGGAUCUGAUAGAAUUACUGAGCCUGUUACACUCACAACUAUCCCUCCUCAAGGAGAUCAGCCAGGCACGGUUAUUAUUGAAACCCCUGGCUCGGAACCCCCUAUCACUUCAACCCCAGCUCCCGAGCCUUCAUAUGUGACAGUCUAUCGACCUCACACAGGCGCAGAUCAGAUCACUGCACCGGUUACUAUCACAACCAUGGAGCCUCAAGGGGACCAGCCAGGAACCGUGAUUAUCGAGACACCUGGCUCUGAGCCUCCUGUUACCUCGGCCCCUGCUCCCUCAUAUACCACCAUCUACGAGCCUUACACUGGUACAGGCGAGAUUACAGGCGAAGUCACCGUCACAACUAUUCCUCCUCAGGGUGAUCAGCCAGGUACUGUCAUCAUUGAGACACCGGGUCCGCAAAUCGCAAACAAGGGAGCGAACCCUCCUCUGACUAUUCCUGCUGGAGACGAUAGCUAUGUGACGGUCUUCAGGCCUUACACAGGGACCCCUAUGAUAACAGCGCCUGUCACUGUCACAACUAUCUCUCCGUCUGGUGGCAACCCAGGUACCGUUAUCAUUGAAACACCCGCACCUGAAGCUGCAGCUACAUCGGCACCCGAGGAUGUUUACGUUACCGUCUACACCAUUUACACUGGCACUGGUCAGCUUACAGCGCCAACUACGGUCACAACCAUUGCUCCUGUCUCCGGAACUGGUACUAUCAUAGUUGAGACUCAGGCUGAGGCUACUACUCCGCCGCCUGUCACGAUCCCGCCUAGUGACAAUAGCCCCAACAUCACCGUUGUGCGUCAGUAUCCUGGCCCAGGAAUCAUCACUGCCCCUGUGACCUCUUAUGAGCCACCAAGUACGCCUGGACAGCCUGGAACGAUUAUCAUUGAGACUCCAGCCCCCAUUUCUGAGACUACAUCUGAAGCACCAGGCACCAAUGUUACUCUCUAUACCUUGGCUCCCUCAGGCGUCAAGAUUCCCAUCACUAGUUACGCACCCCCACAAACACCAGGACAGCCAGGAACUGUUUUCAUUCAGACUGUGGCCACUGAUGCUGAGUCUACUUCCGAGGAGGGCAGGAACGUGACUAUUUACACCGACGGUCCUGAUUCUCUUACUGCACCGUACACUACCUACUACCCUCCUGACUCCCCUGGAGAUCCCGGAACCGUGCUCAUUGAGACUCCUCCUCCAGUUCCAACUGGUCCUGCCUCAGUAUCGGCAGUGCCCACCACUGAUGAUUCAGCCAGCAGCAUCACAACACCUGCUUCGAGCAACCCUGACGCACUCACCUUGACUCCGAGUGAUAGUAACGAUGACUUUACUGUCAUUGAACCUAAUACCAGGUUCGCUGGUGCUAGCGAGAAUGUCACGCAGAUCAUCCCCGCAACUGAUGGAACCCCCGGAACACAGAUCAUUUACACACCUGUGGAUACAUCGGGAGAGUCAUCCGUUGGUGCACCAGAUACUGGUAGUUAUGUUACCAUCAGUGCGACAGUCACUAUUCCUGGCGAUCCUUCAACACGUACCGGGUCCAACUCCGACGCCGGAAGUGACGCAGGUACUACAGGCGCGGAAACCAAUGUCAUCAUUAUCCCCCCCAGUGGUACUGAGCCAGGGACCGUUCUCUCGCAAACUAGUGUUUACUUGGACCAGGCCUUGGCUGAGCACGGAAAUGUGACAAUCACCAGGACAGCUCCCAGUGGUGUUACCACAAGGUUCACUACCUACUCGCCCCCAGCCCAACCAGCUGAUCCAGGAACCAUCAUCAUUGAGAUCCCGGACUACAAUGUCACCAUUACGAGGGCAGCUCCUGCUGAUAUCACGACCACAAUCACAACCUACUCACCUCCUGCAACGCCUGGCGACCCAGGUACUGUCAUCGUUGAGACGCCUGAUUAUAAUGUCACUAUUACUCGCGAGGCGCCCGCAUCGAUUACAAGUCUCCGCACAAGCUACGCUCCUCCCGGAACUCCUGGCGAUCCUGGCACCGUAAUCGUUGAAACCCCAAACAACGACUACAACGUAACCAUCACUCGCGGCGCCUCGAUUACAGCGCCCUUUACCACAUACUCGCCCCCUGGCGCCUCAGGAGAUCCUGGCACCAUUAUUGUUGAGACCCCGGAUUAUAAUGUCACCAUUACCCGAGAGGCACCAGCUUCGAUUACUGAUGUGCGGACGACAUACAAUCCUCCAGGCACUCCAGGCGAUCCAGGGACUGUCAUCAUCGAGACACCAAACAAUGCCUACAACGUCACCAUCACAAGGGCAGCUCCCGCUUCGAUUACAAGUAUAUAUACCACCUACUCCCCUCCAGGUGCUCCUGGUGAUCCCGGCACAGUUAUUGUUGAAACUCCGGAAUAUAAUGUCACUGUCACCAGUGACGCUGGCUCUACGGAUGUUGCAACAGAUGUUGUGACCAGGUAUAACCCUCCAGGCACUCCAGGCGACCCAGGUACCAUCGCCAUCAUCAUGCCGAACCAGAGGGUCGUGUCGACUUCUCAAGACCCUUCUACUACUGAUGAUCCUGGACAAAACGUCACUAUCUACAGGCCUGGUCCACGAACUAUGACUGGUCCUGUCACUUCAUACAUACCUCCCGCGAGCCGUGGAGACAACGGUACGGUAAUCAUCGAGACCCCUGGCCCAGCCACUCCUUUCAACGUGACCAUCACCCAGACUAUCAGUACCAUUACAGCGAUCUACACUACCUACUCGCCGGCCGGUGCUGAAGAUGAUCCGGGAACUAUUGUCGUUGGAAUGCCGUCUGAUCGAAAUGUGACCAUCACAGAGGAGGUCAGCACAAUCACGGCUCCUAACACAAAAUACUCUUCCCCUGGCUCGCCUGGCGAUCCCGGCACUGUCAUUAUUGAGGUGCCCCCCAACCACAAUGUGACUGUCACUGAAGUCAUCAGCACUAUCACCUCUCCCUACACAAAGUACUCCCCGCCUACAAGCCGUGGAGAUCCUGGUACAGUGUAUAUCGAGCUGCCCCCAGACUCAAAUAUUACUAUCACAACUGAGGUGGAUUCACGAACAGCGCCUUUUACCACCUACUAUCCUCCCGGUUCCCAGGGAGAUCCUGGCACUGUUCUUGUUGAAUUGCCUCCUAGUCACAACGUCACCAUCACCACCGAAGUCGCGAGUCGAACUGCGCCUUAUACAACAUACUCAGCGCCAGCUAACAGAGGAGAUCCGGGGACAAUCAUCGUAGAGAUGCCUCCCGACAGCAACGUCACAAUCACCACCGAGGUGCCCAGUAGGACAGCCCCUUAUACCACGUAUUCCCCACCAGCGAAUAAGGGCGAUCCUGGCACCAUCAUCGUGGAGCUUCCUCCUGACAGAAAUGUGACGGUCACGACCGAGGUGGCUAGUCUCACUGCUCCCUACACGACUUAUUCUCCGCCAGGAAGCAAGGGAGACCCAGGCACAAUUAUCAUUGAAUUGCCUCCUGAUCGUAACGUGACUACUACAGAAGAAGUCCCUACGCUGACCGAGGCCUAUACCACUUAUUCACCACCGGGCAACCGCGGCGAUCCCGGUACUGUCAUUGUGCGACUCCCACCUGACAGGAACGUGACUAGAACGACCGAGAUUGCUACACUGACUGCUCCGUAUACAACCUAUUCUCCACCUGCAAACAGAGGCGAUCCGGGUACUAUUAUCAUUGAAUUGCCCCCUGAUAGGAAUGUCACCACUACGGAAGAGGUCAGCACAAUCACCCGGGUCAGAACAACAUAUAUGCCUCCCGCCAACCAAGGAGAUCCCGGCACAGUCAUUGUCCAAGAGCCUCCGGAUACCAACACGACUAUUGUUGAUGUCGUGCCCACAAUCACACGCCCGGCCACUCGGUUUGUACCAGCUGCCACGAAGGGUGAUCCAGGCACUGUCUAUAUCGAUGUGCCACCGAACCACAACGUGACAAUGACCACAACUGUCAGCACAAUCACUCGACCAAGCACAACGUUUGAGCCCCCUGCCACUGAAGGCGAUGCUGGCACGGUGCUCGUCCAGAUGCCCCCUGAGUACAAUGUCACCACAACACAGACCAUUGAAACAAUCAGUAGGCCAGUCACUCGGUACUCCAGCCCUGCUGAGAUUGGCGACCCUGGCACCGUGUAUCUAGAUCUACCACCCGAGUACAACGUCACCGUCACAACCACGAUCUACAGUAUCACACGACAGAGCACGACCUUUGCUCCUGGUGCUACACAAGGAGAUCCUGGCAUUAUCAUCAUUGAGAUGCCUCCUGAGUAUAAUGUGACUACAACACAGACUGUUGAGACAAUCAGCAGACCAGUCACUCGAUACUCGAAGGCCGGUACUGUCGGCGACCCAAACACUAUCUAUGUUGACCUUCCGCCAGAAUAUAAUGUCACCAUAACCACAACAGUCCCCACAAUCACGAGACAGUCAACGACAUUUGCUCCUGCUGCCACCCAAGGCGAUCCUGGAACCAUCAUUAUCGAAAUGCCGCCCGAGUAUAACAUCUCGACAACUCAAACUAUCUCUACGCUCUCGAGACCCACCACCCGUUACUCUCGUCCAGGCACAGUUGGAGACCCCGGCACCGUGUACGUUGAUCUCCCGCCGGAGUACAACGUCACUAUCACCACGACCAUUGAGACCAUCACAAGACCUUCAACCACCUUUGCCCCAGCUGGAACCCAGGGCGAUCCUGGUACCAUCAUUGUUGAGCUUCCCCCUGAUUCCAAUGUCACAGUCUCAUCAACAGUCCCUACCAUCAGCCGCCCUGCCACACGCUUUGCAAGCCCUGCAGCCGUGGGUGAUCCUGGCACUGUUUAUGUUGAUCUGCCGCCAGAGUAUAACGUCACCACAACUGAGACUGUCAGCACUAUCAGUCGCGUCCACACAACCUUUAAUCCAGCCGCAACUGAAGGCGACCCAGGCACUAUUUUAAUCGAGGUCCCAGUGGACUACAACGUCACUACCACUGAGUUGAAUAGUGCGAUCAACAGGGUUAGGACUACCUACAUGCCUGCUGGUACACAAGGUGACCCGAAUACCGUCCUUGUUGAGAUUCCUCCUGACUACACCAUCACAACAACUGAGACUGUCAGUUCAAUUACUCGUGUUCGAACUACUUACAUGACUGCCGCGACGCAGGGUGAUGCAAACACGGUUCUUAUCGAGGUCCCGCCGGACUACAAUGUCACAUCCACGGAGACCGUCAGUUCGAUCAACAGGGUCAGGACGACUUAUAUGCCCGCCGGAACCCAGGGUGACCCCAACACAGUCCUUAUCCAGGUUCCACCUGACUACACCGUCACAACUACUGAAACCAACAGUGGUAUCAGCCGUGUGAGGACCUCAUAUAUGACUGCUGCAACACAGGGUGAUCCCAAUACGAUCCUCAUUGAGGUUCCGCCGGAUUAUAACGUUACAUCAACCGAAACCAUCAGCACGAUCAACAGGGUCAGGACCUCAUACUAUCCUGCUGGCACCCAAGGAGAUCCUAACACGGUUCUCAUUCAGGUUCCUCCUGACUACACUCUGACGACGACGGAAACCAACAGUGCUAUCACUCGGGUUAGGACCACGUAUAUGUCUGCUGCCACUCAAGGCGACCCGAACACAGUUCUCAUUGAAGUGCCACCGGAUUCCAAUGUGACGACAACCCAGACCAACAGUGCAAUUAGCCGCAUCAGGACCACCUAUAUGCCAGCCGGUACUCAGGGUGAUCCCAACACCGUACUAAUUGAGGUCCCUGUUGACUACAACGUGACCACCACCGAAACCAAUAGUGCGAUCACGCGAGUUAGGACCACCUAUAACCCGGGUGCAACUCAAGGCGACCCUGGAACAAUUUUGGUUCAGGUCCCAGUUGACUAUAACGUAACAACCACUGAAACUGUCAGCACAAUCAGUCGGGCUAGAACGACAUACAACCCUGCCUCCGUUCAAGGUGAUCCUAACACAGUCCUUGUACAGGUGCCUGUUGACUAUAAUGUCACUAGCACCCAAACAGUCAGCACGAUCAGUCGGGUCAGGACAUCAUACUAUCCAGCCGCCACUCAGGGAGACCCCAAUACAGUGCUGGUCCAAGUCCCGAUGGACUACAACGUGACAGUUACCCACACAAUCACCACUAUCAGUCGUGUCAGGACAACAUAUGGUCCUGCUGCCACACAGGGAGACCCUGGAACCAUCUACGUGGACGUACCGCCGGAGUAUAACGUCACUGUCACAUCAACUGUCAGUACGAUUUCGAGAGCUUAUACAACCUAUUCUGCGCCUGGUACACAAGGUGAUCCAGGAACCAUCUGGGUAAGGCUGCCGCCUGCAUAUAAUGUGACAACCACUCAGACCGUCCCCACGAUCACUCGUAUGUCUACGACAUAUGCUCCUCCAGCUACACAGGGUGACCCCGGAACUUUCAUUGUGCAGGUCCCCCCUGACCGUAAUGUCACUACCACUGAGACUGUUCCCACGAUAUCUCGACCUGCAACCAGAUAUGUGGCCCCGGCUACUCAGGGAGAUCCAGGUACAGUUGUGGUGCAGAUGCCACCACAGUACAAUGUCACUACAACACAAACCGUAUCAACUAUCUCUCGCGUGGCUACGGCAUAUAACCCUCCAGCUACGCAGGGAGACCCAGGUACUAUUGUUGUGCAAAUGCCACCUUCGUAUAACGUCACGUCAACACAGACUGUUUCAACCAUAUCCCGACUUACAACUGCAUACUCAGCCCCUGCUACGCAAGGUGACCCCGGAACUGUCUGGGUCCGGGUACCUCCUGAGUACAACGUCACGUAUACGACUACAGUCUCAACUAUUUCCCGACUUACAACCACAUACGCACCCCCGGCUACUCAAGGCGAUCCGGGCACUUUCAUCGUGAGAGUACCUCCAUCUUACAAUGUCACCACGACGCAGACCGUGUCAACCAUUUCACGUGUUGCAACAGCUUACUCGCCGCCAGCCACCCAAGGAGAUCCUGGUACUGUCAUUAUACAGAUGCCUCCAGCUUAUAAUGUCACUACUACAACGACUGUCUCAACUAUUUCCCGACUUACAACCACAUACGCACCCCCGGCUACCCAAGGCGAUCCAGGUACCUUCAUUGUGCGGGUACCUCCCAAGUACACUGUCACGACGACACAAACAGCCAGCACUAUUACCCGACCUACUACUGUCUUUGCGCCUGCACAAACUCAAGGCGAUCCCGAUACUGUUAUCGUGCAAUAUCCCCCUCCUUACAACGUCACGGUCACUACAGCUGGACCGACAACGCUCACUGCACGAUAUACCACAUACUCACCACCUGGCCAACCUGGCGAUCCCGGUACUGUCAUCGUCGAGAUGCCACCGAGUCGCACAGUCACAAUCACUACAAACGGCGGCACUACGAUCUCUACCCCUGUUACCUCCACUUAUGCUCCGGGUGAGCCUGGAGACCCUGCCACCGUGGUCAUCGCAACCCCAGCUCCCCGAUCUACUACAUCUACAACAUCUUCCAGGCCGCUCACCACCAGCAGCACUACAACUACUGCGCCGGCAGCCACCGUCUCCUUCAAUUGUGAUGUUUACGGCUACCUCAUGCAGAAGACAGCUCUCUACCGUGUCGAAAUCACAUCUGGUAAGACGACUCUUAUCAAGAGUGAUGUCGGCCCUGGUGGUUGGAUCAACGCCAUCGGUUACAACCGUUUCGACAACUACAUCUACGGUAUGCAUAUGGACGACACAGGUUCGCAAGUUAUCCGUAUCGGUGGCGACGGUGGUUGGACACUUCUCGGCACUCGUACCAAUGAUCGUCUCGUUCAGAUGGGUGAUAUUGAUAACCAAGGUCGCUUCUGGAUCUCGAAUCAGGGUGAAGGCUGGUGGUGUAUCGAUCUCAUGCCAGGCUCAUCUACUUACGGCAAGAUUCUCAUGAGCGGCACCGCCAAGAACCCCCUCAACUCUGCUGAUUGGGCCUUUGUCCCUGGAGGAGGCGACUUCAUGUACUCCAUCAUGUACGACGACCAGGGCAAGACGUCCACGCUGUGCAAGUUUAGCCGUACGUCAUACACAUGGACAACCAUCCAGGGCUUCGGUAUGAUUGCUGGCCAGAACGUAUGGGGAGCUGCCUAUGCCUCACAAGACGGAACCCUCUACGGUUCAGAGAAUACCAGCGGCCAGAUCUGGAAGUUCCCUAUCGCCCCUUCGAUUGGAACUCCCAAGUUUGUGGCUACAGGUCCAUCGUCGUCCUGGAACGAUGGUGCAAGGUGUAUCGACAGUCAGACCCUAUAA